AUUCAAUCAACUGUCACCAUUAGGAAUGUAACUCAUUCAAAUAGUAUAUUAUUUAGAGCGUUACAUAUAUAAGAUUAGAUUAACCUUAGAAUAUGGAAAAGAAAAAAUCAAAACAUAAGAAAGAGAUUUUGUCGGAUGAACCCUCUAAACAAGAUAAUAAAAUAGCAAGAUAUUUAAGGUUUAAAAUUCCCUCAAAAAAGGCCAAUAUGUUUGGAAGUAAAGUUCAGUAUUUUACAGCCAAUAAAGCCAUAGACACUAUGAUGGCUUCCAAAUGGGCCACUGGUAAAGCUGCAUCAGAUAUUUCUUUUACAAGUAGAGAAGCUGUUAUAGAAUACUUAAAUACAUUACUCUACAAGAAUUUCUUCCACCGAGUGAGGAAGUUCAUAAAGAUAUUGGAAAUUCCUGAUGAAAAGUCGAAUAACGAAUCCAAUAAAAUCAAUAAUAAUGAUGGAGAUUCUUCCACUAACGAAAAAAAGGCCAAACACGAAGAUGCAAAUGAAAACGAGCCUUCCAAAAACGCUGAAGAAAUUCCUGACAAAAAUACGAAUUUGAGAAAGAGAAAUAAAAAGAGCUCUUCUGAUAAGAAUAGUGUCGAAACAAAAAAGAAAAAGGAUAAGAAGAAAGUCAAACUGGAACUUCAUGAGACACAAGCUUUUGUUGAAGGGAACGAACAGUUUUACGUAUGGGUCUAUGAUCCGGUCCCGAUAAAAACUUGGAUCUUAGGAUUUUUCAUAGUUAUAGGAGCCAUAGUGAUUUGCUUGUUUCCUCUGUGGCCGAUGGCCAUGAGAUCGGGUGUCUACUAUCUCAGUCUAGCUGGAGCAGGCUUUCUUGGUGUCAUUUUAUUCCUCGCCUUGAUGAGGUAUGUGAUAUUUGGAGCUGUAUGGACUAUGACCUUGGGAACACAUCACGUAUGGUUUUUGCCAAACCUUUUGGAGGACGUGGGCUUUGUCGAGUCAUUCAUUCCCUUGUACACUCACAAAAAAUGCCACUCUGCUAGCGGCGUAUCAAAAUCAAAAAAGUCCAAAACGACGCUCAAAAAUCCCGACAGCGACAAAAUGCUCAAAGAUUCGAAAGAUGGUGAUGCUGACGACAAUAAAGAUGCGAAAGGAGGUGGAGCCGGAGAUUAUAAAGAAGACGAUUUUUCGAAUACUUUGGGAGAUGACGUUUCGCUCAAUCACGAUAUCGACAUACCGAAUAAAAAUGGCGAUGAUUUCGAAAUGAUUUACGACGAUUCUAAAUAGAAUAUUAUAUUAUUUAAAAAUAGUUUUUUUUUAAAAAAAAUCGCCUGAAAUGAUGUAUUUAUUUUUCGUCAUUUUAAUGUAUUUUAAAAUGCAUUAUAUUUUUUUGAGAGGAGAACAGAAAUAUAUUUGCAAUAAAAACCUGUCCGGGAGAGGGAAUAUAUAAUAGUAUUGUAUUAUUUAUUUAUUUUAAAUUGUUAGAAUUAUAUCAAAUAAUUUUAGGUUAUAUUUGAUUCAAAAUAAAUUUUACAUUUAAAGGGA